AUGUCGAAAACAGUUCUUAUUUUUGUAAUCAUACAAAUGUCGCAUGCAAUCAACUUGGGUUUAAUUGCGGGUGAUUUGAAGCCGCUUGGAAAUCCUCUAUCAAUCAAGAAGUAUUCGCGCCAUUCACCUGUAAUAAUUAACAUAAACUCAAAGUCCAAUCCUUUACCCUCACUACCAUUACCAAAAUUACCUUCAAAACCUCCAUUUAAACUUCCUAAACCUAAAACUUCUUCAAUGUUAUCAAAAUUGCGAGCACCAUUAUUCCCACCUAUUAUAAUGCCUCCAGCUAUUCCUAAAAUACCUCUUCUACCUCUUUUGCCUAUAUUGCCUCCUGUAUUACCAUCAUUACCGUUAGUUCCUCCUAUAUUACAUCCAUUACCUCUGUUACCUCCAAUAUUACCUUUGUUCCCACUACUGCCUCCAGUAUUACCCAGAAUACUUCCACCUCUUAAAGUUCCUAUUUUGAGUAAAUCACUGCUGCAGAAAACUUUAGGAUCUGAGAUAAAACCUGUGACGGUUCCUUAUAAUAUUCUUGAUAGAAAGGAAGAGAAGAACAGUAAGAAUAUUAUGGAUAAACUAGUCGAACUGAGAAAUAAAGGGUCGUUGACUACUGCAGAAUUUAUUAGAUUUAAGAGACUAUUGUUAAGAAAAUAA